AUGACAGUCGCAAAUGGAACGGCCGCAAUCCCCACUGGCCAGCCACUGGCAGACGUGACCAAGAUCGCCUCUUCCUCUUCUGCUUCUGCAGACCAGGACACCGACGCCUACCUCUACUCCAACGACACCCGCGUCACAGGCUACGAGCCCCUCAUCUCCCCCGGCCUCCUCAUUCACGAGAUCCCUGUACCACCCCAGGCACAGCGCGUCAUCGCAAAAGCCCGUGGUCAGGCAUCGGCCAUUAUCAAUGGCAAAGACGACCGAUUGCUAGUCGUCGUAGGACCUUGCUCCAUUCACGACCCAGAGCAGGCAAAGGUCUAUGCACAGAAGUUGGCACAGAGUAUUCAGACGUACAAGGACGACUUGGUCAUUGUUAUGAGAGCUUACUUUGAGAAGCCACGGACCACAGUGGGAUGGAAGGGACUGAUCAAUGACCCUGACAUCAAUGGUACAUUCCAAAUCAACAGGGGACUCAAGAUUGCACGUAAUCUCCUAGUGGACCUCACCUCUGCUGGCGUACCCGUCGCUUGCGAAGUAUUGGACACCAUUUCACCCCAGUACACUUCCGACUUGUACUCUUGGGGAGCCAUUGGCGCUCGUACCACCGAGUCGCAGCUGCACAGGGAGCUGGUCUCUGGUCUCUCCAUGCCCAUCGGCUUCAAAAACGGCACAGACGGCGGUCUCGGCGUCGCCGUCGAUGCUAUCCGUGCCUCCUCUCAACCGCACGCCUUCAUGGGUGUCACCACCCAAGGUCUCGCCGCCAUUGUCAAGACUGCCGGAAAUGGCGACCUUCACAUUGUUCACCGCGGCGGUUCCAAAGGCACAAAUUACGACUCUGCCUCGAUUUCCGCCUCUCGCCAAGUCCUACAAAAGACCUUGCCGGAUCGACACCCUUCGAUUAUGGUCGACGCCUCUCAUGGAAAUUCUCAAAAGGACUAUCGUAAUCAGCCAAAGGUCAUCGAGGCAGUGGCAGAGCAGCUUGCACAAGGGGAGAGGGCCAUUACAGGUGUGAUGAUCGAAUCGCACUUGCAUGAGGGAAAGCAGGGGGAGCCAAAGGAAGGCAAAGUGGAGGAAUUGCAGUAUGGAGUAUCCAUUACGGAUGGAUGUGUGAGUUGGGAGACGACAGAGGAGCUACUGGCAAAGUUGAGCAAGGGAGUAAAAGCUAGGAGGGAGAAGAGCUGA